CGUUUUUGAUCAGGUCACUUAAUACCUCUAAUAAUCUCAACUUCAAGUCUUGAUGCAAGCAGGAGUAUCAUCUGAGCUGAGAUCUGCUGCUGUGAAGAUUGUGUUUACUGAAGGGGAGGGUGAAGAGAACAUGAAAGAACCAAAGCCCUGGAGAAUAAAACGAGAGGAACGAGGAGAGCAUAUUGAAGAAAAUGAGGAAAAUGAAUUGAGUGACGUUGAGGAGAAAAAUCAUGCGAAACCUGGAGAAAAACCUUUGAGUUUGUCUCAAAUGAAACAGAAAGAUUUAACGAAAGCGGCAAACAAGAAAUCUUUCACCUGCACCCAGUGUGGAAAGAGUUUCACGCGCAAAACAAGUCUCGAGCGCCACAUGAGAGUUCAUACCGGAGAGAAACCGUUCGCUUGUGAUCAGUGCGGGAAGACUUUCACGCAGUCGUCGCACCGUAAGGUUCACAUGAACAUGCACACCGGGGAGAAACCGUACGAGUGUUCACACUGCGACAAGAGAUUCAGUCGGUCAGGAGACCUGAAAACACACGAGACGAUCCACACCGGAGAGAAACUGUACUCGUGCGAUCGAUGCGACAAAACAUUUUCGAGGCCUUCAAACCUGAGAGCACACCUGACGGUUCACACAAAGGAGAAGCCGCAUUCGUGUCACUCCUGUGGAAAGACUUUUUCGUGUCUACAGAAUUUGAAGGUGCAUCAGAAAACGCACGCUGGUGUGAAAGAGUACAUGUGCUUUGAGUGCGAGAAGACGUUUACUUCGGCAAACAGUUUAAAGCUGCACCGGAGGAUCCACACCGGAGAGAAACCGUACACGUGUUCCCACUGCGACAAGAGAUUCAGCCUGUCGUCAAAUCUGAAAACGCACGAGAGGAUCCACACCGGAGAGAAACCCUACGAGUGUUCACACUGCGACCUGAGAUUCAGUCUGUCAGCGACUCUGAAAUCACACGAGAGGAUCCACACCGGAGAGAAACCGUAUCAGUGCGCUGAAUGUGGGAAGCGUUUUAAUCAGUCCUCUUCUUUACACAGACAUACCAAAAGCAAUCACAGUAGGUAGAUCGUCUUCAGAUGAGCGUCCUCAACAAACAAUGCAUUAAAUCGAUAAAAUAUCUGGAUAAAUCUGUCCAAACCAGACAUUACAAGUUUGUCAUCUUCAUCGGGAGCUUCGACUCUUGAGGUUCAGAUCAACACAAAAAUGUUCCUCCCCAAAGAACAAUGUCAGGAAGUUAAGUCUUAUAUUUCAUUUUGCUUCUUGAUAUAAUAUACUUUUGCUUUCUUAGGAGUUUUUAUAUUAUGAUCAAAAGUCCACUUGUUUAUUGCAGAAAGAUCGUCUUUUCAGCCUGGUGCAAUAAAUCGCUUUCUCUUAUGUUAAAGAAUUAGUUCACCCCAAAUAAAAAUUCUUUCAUUAA